AUGUCCCAACCUCAAUCCGGCCCCGACCCCGACCCCGAGCCCUCAAUGUACCAACAAGUCCACACCCAAGUCCUCAACCAAAUCGGUUCCACCCCUGACCUCUCCGAAGAAGAGCGAACCCUCUACAUUCUUGACCUAGUCCGUUUCGCCGUCGCCGCCUGGCAAGCCAGCGGUCUGAUGCAUUUGCGCAAGGGCAUGGUGAGCUGCGCAAUUGACAGUCUUGGGGACACAAAGGCGUGGAAAGCAAAGAGGGAGGAGUGGCUGGAUUUUACCAGGGAGAGUUUGGGAGUUCAGGUUUCUGAGAGGGUCAUUGCUGCUGAGGAUACUGAAAUGACUGAGAAGGUCACUGAGAAGGUCACUACUGAGAUGGUGAGGAAAGGCGGAGAGGGAGACGGGGGUGGUGAUAAAAAGGGGAAGAGUCCGGCCAAGAGACGUCGUGUGGGUGGCGACGAGGAGGAGGGAGGGGACAAAGUUGAGGAAGUUGAGGAAGCUAAGGAAGCU